AUUCCCGUCCACUCCGUUCGUCCCUGGUCUACUUACAUACUCUACCUAUAACACCUAACCGACUUACUUACCGGACGCCCUCACCCCAGAACGAGCAAAAGCAAACACAAAAACACACAAAAGUCGGCGGCCUGGCAGGCAAAGCACGCACGUGCUCACCCACUCAACCAACCAACCAACCAACCACCAGCAGCACAAACAGCACGCAAACAGGACAACCCGCGCCGCGCCGCCACAGCGCCCAACCCACCACCACCAUGCGCCUAGGUCACGUGCACCUCAGCAGCGCGCACAAGCUAUGCUCCUACAGCGCCGUCUCCCUCAUCCAAGACCGCGCCGUAUCGCGGUACCUGGCCGCAAAAGCGCAAGCAACACCCACCAAAUCCACACCAACAACAAGCUCACCACAAACACUCCCCAACCCCCCCAUCAACGCUCCCAUCAAAACCCCCAACCCCACAGUCAUAACCGCCGAAUUCACGCCCGUCUACACGUGCGGCCGCCGCGAAGUCGGCACCGUCAGCGCCGCGCAACAAGCGCACCUACGCUGCAACGGACGGGCCGAGUUCGUCGAAGCGCUGCGCGGCGGGCAGACGACGUUCCACGGGCCGGGGCAGCUGGUCGCGUACCCGGUGCUGGACUUGAAGCGGCACGGGCUGACGGCGCGCGAGUACGUGUGCUUGCUCGAGAAGACCGUCAUCGCGACGUGUGCGGCGUACGGGAUCAAGGCCAUGACGACCGAGCAUACGGGCGUCUGGACGGGGCCGGACACCAAGAUUGCGGCGCUGGGGCUGCAUAUGCGCCGCAAUGUUACGAGUCAUGGCGUUGGGCUGAAUGUGGGCACGGAUUUGUGGUGGUUUGAUCGCAUUGUUGCGUGUGGGCUGGAGGGGAAAAGGGCGACGAGCUUUGAGGAUGUGGGGGUCAAGGGCGUGAGUGUGAGGGAGGUGGCGGGCGUUUUUGUGAGGAAGCUCGCUGAUGCGUUGGGCAUUGAGGGGGUGGAUGAGUUGGCGGAUGCUGAGUAUUUGAACUAUGUCGAGCAGCCGGCUUUGACUGAAUAAUAAUAUGUAUUGGAGGUCUUUGAAUUGUGCGUUGAGCUAGCCAGCCAAUAUGCGAGGUUGUGGAAUCAAUAAGUCGAGAAAC